GGCGGCGGCCAGCGCCAAAAAAGCAUACACAAUUUCUCUACUUCUUCGACUAAUUUUUUAAAUUGCUCUAAUUGUUCCGUUAAACUUGUAACUGGUUUUAUAUUUUAUGAUUACAGUAUUUUAAUAAAUUCGCAGUCUUCUUGUGUUUUCCCUUGCGAGCUCACCAUGAAGAUAAAUAGAAAACGGUUGUGAUUAAGUUAAGUUUGCUUGUUGUUUAAGACUUUAAGAAGAAGCGAUAAUUGCGUAAUAGUUAAAAGGGGACAAUAAACUAAUGGCAGUCUAGCUCUUUUUUGUAGAGUUCACAUUAAGUUCCUUUAAGAAGUACGUACGACUGAUUAGAAAUGUCUUCCUCUAAGCCAUCCGGUAUUCGGAUGCCGACUGCUUUGAAGCAGCCGACCGCUGUGAGUGGUGCAACUUUCACUGCUCCUUCCGCUCCGGAUAAUAAAGCCGGUGCAAGUGGUAGUCAAUCUGGUUCGUCUUCUGCUUCGAAAGCUACACCCAGCCAACCCCCACCAACACCUAACCCCCUCAUGUCAAGAAUACCAUCCUCAAACUCCAUCAAGUUCAAGAGCACCGCAGCGUCUUCAGUUGCCAGUGGUGCAGAAACUUCCCAAGUAUCAAAAGAUUCUGGCUUGACAGCAGAGAAUUUUGCUAUUGGAGAUAUUGUGUAUGUCAACGGAGAUGUGACUAAACGUGGGAAGAUCUGCUACAUUGGGGAACUAUCGUUUGCUAAGGGAGAAUUUGCUGGAAUCGCUUUGGAUAAACCUAGUGGAAACCAUGAUGGACAAGUUAAAGGUCAAAGAUAUUUUCAGUGUUCACCAAAUCACGGCCUAUUCACUAAGCUCAAUCGCGUCUUCAAAGAACCCGUCAGUUCCCCUGCUCGGUCAGAAGUUGGUGGUCCCACGAUGAGUCAAACCCCGAUGGGACAACGCAUGCCUUCCUUCUCAUUCGCAGCGACUCCUGGCAAUGAGCGAUCACCCAGCCCCUUUGGAUCUAAACCUUCCACACCUGGGGGUCUCCAAGUGGGGGAACGAGUCAUUGUGUCAACUGCGAUGGGAACCAAGAUUGGCAUCCUACGAUAUUUUGGUGUCACUGAUUUUGCAGCGGGACAAUGGUGCGGGGUAGAACUGGAUAAACCAAAUUCAGGCAAGAACGAUGGAAGCGUUGGGGGCAAGAGGUAUUUUCACUGUGAAGAUGCCCGUGGAAUUUUUGUUCCUGCAUCAAAAGUUACUAGUUCUCCUAUGAACCGGACUCUGCGACGCCACAGUUCUCGUGAGUCGUUGGUCUCCAUGUCUAGUCUCGCCUCUUCUGUCCAAUCUCGCAGUACUGGCAGGCGUGUUCCUGCCCGUGGACCACAAUGUCUUCCAACCUGUUCAAUGCAAGCCGUGCUCAAGGAGAAGGAAAACCAUAUCGAACAUUUAAUCAAGGAGCGGGAACUUGACAGAAUGGAGGUUGCAAACAUUUCGAGAAAAUGUGAAGAACUUUCUCAAGAAAAUAGGGCCGCCAUGGCAGAGCUAAGCUCGAAACAGGCAGCCAUGGCCGAGGCGGAUAAUGAAACCAUUUCAAAAUUAAAACUCGCCUUGGAAGAGGAGAAGAGAAAAAUGGAAGAUUUACAAUUUAAUCUGGAAGAGGAGAAGAUUGGGAAGGCGGAUCUAGUUCAACAAAUGGAAACGUUGACGCUCAACAUGGCCAGUCAGGAGUCUGGCACUGCGGAAAUCACUGGAGAAAUGGACGAGAUGCACAAGAAGCUACAAGAGCGGGCCACCAUGCUGGAAACCAUGAAAGCCCGAGCCCAGUCAAUAGAAAAAGAACGUGACGGAGCACUGCAAUCCGUGGAGAAAUUGAAUGCAAAGAUUGAAGACUUGGAAGUCGGCUUGAGCAACUAUAAGCAAACAGUGGAGAGUUUGACCCUUGACAAAAAUUCGAAUACGAGUCAACUCCGCACAGAAAUCGAAACCCGCGACGCAGCUAUAAAAGAUAUCCAAGGGAAAUUGUCCAAGGCAGAAGAAAAUAUUGCCUCUCUGACCAAGCAGAAACAAGAAUUGUCCGCCCUGGUUGACAAUAAGGGUUCAUCCGAAGGGAAACUUAACGAACUGUUAGGCAAGAGUAACGCUGAGAUUAGUAAAUUACAAGAAAUUAUCUCCAACAAGACCAAGUCAUAUGAAGAACUUACCUUGAACAUGACUCGAUUAGAAAAGGAAAAAUGCGAACAACUCGACCAAAUUGAACAGCUUAAAUCUUCCCUAAAAUCCCUAACCACCGACUUGGAUGAAAGGACCAGUAAGUUUGAGAAGGUGCAGAUCGAUUUUAAAGAAGAAGUCAAAAAGUCGGCCAGCAGCGUGGAACAGCUUCAAAAAGAAUUAAAUCUUCAACAUCAAAGUAGAAAUGAUUUAGAACGACAAAUUAAAGAGUUCCAACAACAAAAGGAAGACCUACAAGCUGCAUAUUCUACGCUCUCUAAAGAGAAUGAAGGACUUAUCAUAGAUCAUAAAAAGGUCAAAUCCUCUCUGGAAACUCUACAAAAUAAUUUCACUCUUGUUGAAACAUCACUCAAAGAGGCGAAACAGACCAUUGAGUCUGAAAAAGCCAAGCAUGCUACGAGCAGUGAAGACUUACAAAAACAAUCUCACCUUCAACAUGAAAAGUCUCAAGAGUUACAAGCAGAACUGGCCAAAUUUCAAUCCAGGGCCAGCGGAUUGGAGAAGUUGGUGGGGGAAAAGAAAGCAGAAAAUGAACAGUUGGCUGAACAAGUUGCAAAAAAAGAGGCAGAAAACAACAAGUUGGCCGCUGAUCUUAGCGCGUCCAAAGCAAAAGAAGAUCUCCUUUCAACUCAAUGUGAUCAAUCUAAGCAAGCUCAUCAAGAAGUCGAGGCUGAGCUGCAACGCAACUUGCAGAGAGUCAAAGGGUUGGAGGAGGACCUAAAAAGCAAUAAUCAACGCUAUCGGAACCUGGAAGGCGAGUCAAAGGAGAAGUCAGCGGCCUUGGAGCGUCUCCAAGAGGAUUUGAAACAACGCACUGCAGGAGGGAGCGAGUUGGAAAAAGAAGUCGUUCAACGUGGCGAGAGGAUCGGUCAGUUGGAGGAAGAAGCCCGAAAGUUGAAGCAGUCACUGUCCGACCUGGAAAUCAAAGUACAAGAAAAAACAAAAACUGCGUCCGACACACAGGAAAUAGUUGCAGCUAAGGAAAAACUGGUAAAAGAAUUAAAAGCAGAGUUGUUGGCGGCGUCCGAAAAGUAUGAUCAGCUUCAACAGGAUGUCUCUACGGGGAAAGAAACUAAUCUCAAAGUCCUAGCAGAUUUGCAGGGGAAGAGCAAAAAAGUGGCCGAGUUGGAGUCUGAAAUAUCUAAAAAUUCAAAUAGCAUGGUGGAAAUGAAUAGUGAAAUUGCCCGUCAAUCCACCCUCAUCAAACAACACGAGGAGUUUAUUUCCAACCUGAAACAAGAAGCUGCCAAAUCUCUUUCGGCACUAAAGAAGAAGGAAAAUGAGUUUGAAACGCUACAAAAUGCUGGGAAGGAAGUGGAACGAGAAUUUGCUGAGGUCAGGAAAGAAAUCGCCACCCGAUCAGCAACAGUGGACAGUUUGGAAAUUGACGCUAAAAAAUUGCAGAACCAAAUUCACUCAUUACAGGCUGAAUUAAAAGACAAAUCUAGUAAAAUUUCAAACCUAGAAUCUUUGCUGGCACAGAAAUCAGCAGAACACGACACCAUUCAUGAUGAAUUAAAGAAGACGACUUCCAACUACUCGUCCUUAGAUGAGGAAUGCCGAAAGCAGAAGCAGCGUUUCACUGAAUUCGAGCAAGAAUUAAAGAACAGGGCAGACUCAAUCUCCAAGCUAGAAGGGAUUAUAGCCGGACGAGGCAACGAUGUACAAACUUUGGAGCUCGAAUUGCAAACUCGAGAAAAUAAAAUUAAGGAAACAGAAUCCUCUGUGGUUGCGCUGACUCGCAAAAAUGAAGAACUUACCACUGGCCAGGGUCGCUUAGAGAAAACGAUUGCCGACCUGGAAGCCAGCCUACAGAAAUCACUCUCAGCUGGGUCAACACUGGACAAGGAAGUACACGAGAGGAGUCUUCAACUCUCCGAAUUAGAAUCUCAAGUCACCAAUUUGAAAAAGAAGUGUGGCGAAUCCGAACUGCAGACGGGUGAAAAGGUGAAAAUGAUUCAAGAUCUGGAGGACAAGUUGAACAAACAGUCUCUAACUUAUUCCAACCUGGAGAAAGAAAUUGCCUCAAAAGACUCCGAAUACAGCGACCUUUCCAACAAAUUGGCCCACAAGACGAAGGAACUUGAAAACUUGCAACGUCUCCUUGAGUCGUCAACCAGUACGAAAACCGUCCUAGACUCUGAGCUGGACAAACUUGGGCAGCAUAAUAGCAAAUUACAGUCUGAAAUUUUAGCACGUGAAGACCGGAUAGGAAUAUUGGAAAAAGAACUGCAAUCCGCAAAGAAAAAUACAGCCGAUACAGAAAAUAGUUUGAAGGAUACCAAUGCGAAAUUAAUUGGAAUGCAGAGUGAUCUAAGCAGACAGGAAAUAGAGACAAAAAGCCACGCUAGCGAAGCCAUGGCACAACAUGACGUAGUUCAAAAGCUGAAGGAAGAUAAUCGACGCUUGGUUAAAAAUUUGGCCGAUCUUGAGCGAGAAUAUAAGGAGAAGUCGAAGCAGGUGGAGGAGCAGGCAAAAAAGAAGAACAAUUUUGCCGAAAAUUCAGAUGCAGUCGAUUUAGAGGCGCAUGUCUCAUUCCUUAACUCUAUCAUUGUUGAUUUACAAUCUAAAAAUCAAGAAUUAUCUGCCAAAGUGGAUAUCUUGAUGUAUGGAAAAACCAGUAAUACAGGACAGAACGAAGGGGCUGGUGACAGUAAUCAAACUGUACAAGCUACGAUGCGUUUAUAUUGCGACAUUUGUGAAAAAUUCGAUGUCCAUGAUACCGAAGAUUGUCCAACACAAGCUACCCCCGCCGCAAGUGCUGACAGUCAUCACGGAGUUAAAAGAGGAGACGUACGGCCUUAUUGUGACUCUUGUGAAGUAUGGGGACAUUGGACGGAUGAUUGUGAUGAUGCGGAGACGUAUUAAACUCAUGUAAUAAUAAUACUGUAUCAAACCAAAGAUGAAACAUGUGACCCUUUCGGAACUAUUAAUUUGCAUCCUUUUUGUAGCAUUUACAAGAAAUGUAAUGUAAUGUAUGUGUUCACUUGCAACAACAACAUAAUGUAGUACAUACUAUUUAAUUGUUAUAUUAUAAUGCAACUACUUGUCGACAAUUAGAAAUAUGUUCGUUGUUUUUUAAGGAACCCUAAUGAAGUAAUUGUAGUAGCAGCUAAAUAUUUAUUAACGAAAAACUAAGCCGCCUCAGUGCCUCUGUUUAUACUAUGCUGCUCCCUCAGUUUAGCAAUUACUAAUUGCAUAUUGUUACAUAUUACAUAUUGUGUCCGUCCUAAUUGUAUAUAAGUGUAAGUGCAUAAUGCACUGUGCGUACAUACAUAUUUAUCAUGCAAUUAUUGUCGCUCUUUUAAUUUAUUGUAAUUUUAGCCACGUGCUCGUUUUUACUCAUUUAAAGUCAUCUCGACUUUAUUAACACGUUCAUCACAGGCACACAUGCACGCUUAGAUAAAAAUGAGGACAUUUUUGAUUGUACGAAAGUAAAAUUUGCUGUGAAGUAUAAAAGAUUAUAAUUUAUUCGUUUUACAUAACAAAGUAUCAAGUUUUUAAUUUCGAGUUGAAUGUUUUUUAACGAAUGUAAUUAACACACAAUUAAUUAAGUUCAAGUCAUUUAAAAAUUGAAUUGUUUUAAUGUUUCGACAAAAUUGUGAAAUAAUUUUACGCGCUUUUGCUAGAAACGUGGGGUGCUAAGUUUGUUUAUUCUAUCUACCGAUGUGAAAUGAGAUUUAAAUAUCAAAAUUAACAAUAAAGCAACAAAUGUAUCACGAAAUGUAAAA